GGACCUCCUCAAUGCCCACCUCUUGAACAUCAGACUCUGAGGCCUCAUCUUCACUGUCACUUCCCAACCUUGUUGAGGAUGGCUCGUUGUCAGGGUCAAAAAGACUCACAUUUGCCUGGAUAGCCACCAUUUUUUCAACCCUUGUAUCGGUCAGCCUGUUGUGUGCUUUUGUGUGUGUGUUCCCAAACAAGGACCAGUUGCACUCUGAGGCAGUUCAUGUUGGUGGGAUUUGGAGGAUGAUGGAGGCAACAGGGGAAAGAGCCUCAGAUCCACAAAGUCCCUUCCACCAGAUGGCUGAUGCGAUAUGUUGUCACGAGUUGCUUUGGCAGCUUCAAUGUGGUGCUCUUAUUCUUCUCACUUUGCUUGGUGAGGAGAACACUUCUGAGGGGUUAUUCCAGAAGGUUCUUGGCCAUGUCUCCCAGGCCUAGUGUUGAGCUCACAGGGUUCUUCUGGCCAGAGGUGAGCUGCAGUUCUGUGUGUUGGUCAUCAUUGCUGUGAGAUCAACCUAUCUGUUGACCCCUGAACCCGCAGUGCCCGUUAUCACCCAAUCAUCAUGGCCCCAGUGCCACCUGGCAUCCGCUUUUUGGCCUCCUUCAACAGAGACCAGUGGUACCGAGCCUUCACAUUUAGCCUCACCUUCCUGCUGUACACCAGCUUCCACCUGUCCAGAAAACCCAUCAGCAUCGUCAAGAGUGAGCUGCAUAAGAACUGCUCAGCUCUCAAUGAGCUCUCCACAGCCAGUAGUAGCCAGCUGCCAAACCUCCACACAGCUGCAGAGUGCAGCUGGAAACCCUUUGAUAAAAGCAACUAUAAGCAGCUGCUGGGAGCCAUGGACUACUCCUUCCUCUGUGCCUAUGCUGUGGGCAUGUUCCUCAGUGGCAUCAUCGGUGAGCGCCUGCCCAUCCGUCUGUACCUGACGUUUGGCAUGCUGAUGAGCGGCCUCUUCACCUGUCUGUUUGGCCUGGGCUACAUUUACAGUAUCCACAGCCUUGGUUUCUAUAUAUUUGUCCAGGUGGCUAAUGGCUUGGUUCAGACGACUGGCUGGCCCAGUGUUGUCACAUGCAUCGGGAACUGGUUUGGCAAGGGAAGGAGGGGUCUGAUCAUGGGCAUAUGGAACUCCCACACCUCGGUGGGCAACAUCUUGGGCUCUCUGAUCGCAGGCUACUGGGUCUCCUCCAACUGGGGCUUGUCCUUCAUCGUUCCUGGCCUCAUCAUUGCUGCCAUGGGAAUCAUCUGCUUCCUCUUCCUCAUUGAACAUCCAAAUGAUCUUAGAAGCAUCCAUGCUGUACAGAACCCUGCUCCCUGUAGCAACAAUCAAAAGCUGACAAAGAACUGGAAUGGGACAAAUGGACACAAGCAACUGUACCAUUCAUACAAACAGGGAGACAAAUAUGAGAACUGGGACACAGAGCUGCUGCUCCCUCAGGACAACAGUAGUGUUUCUGUCCCAGUACAGCAGGUGGUGGUGGUGAAGAGCGAAUCCGAGCCCUCGGCCAUCAGCUUCAUGGGAGCUCUACGCAUUCCGGGAGUGAUAGAGUUCUCGCUCUGUUUGCUGUUUGCCAAGCUGGUCAGCUACACCUUCCUCUUCUGGCUGCCGCUCUACAUCACGAAAACGGCUCACCUAGAUGCCAAGAAGGCCGGAGAUCUCUCCACUCUGUUUGACGUGGGAGGAAUUGUGGGGGGAAUAUUGGCUGGGGUCAUAUCUGAUAAGCUGGGAAAGAGAGCCACCACCUGUGCAUUGAUGCUGCUGCUGGCUGCUCCUAUACUAUAUGGCUUCUCCAUGAUCAGCGAGUUUGGACUGGGACCGACCAUAGGUAUGCUACUGGUGUGUGGAGGACUUGUGAAUGGGCCAUAUGCCCUAAUUACAACAGCAGUGGCUGCUGAUCUGGGAACACACAAGAGCCUCAAGGGCAAUGCCAGGGCCCUUUCUACUGUCACGGCCAUCAUUGACGGCACAGGAUCAGUAGGUGCAGCAAUAGGCCCCCUUCUGGCAGGAGUGUUGUCGUCACAGGGCUGGGAUCAGGUCUUCUACAUGCUGAUGGCAGCUGACUUCCUAGCACUGCUGCUGUUGCUGCGGCUGGUGAUGAAGGAGCUGACCUCUGGUAACGUGGUUAAACCUCGUUCUGGCAGCACCACUGUAGAGAUGAAGGAGCACUAAGCACUUUGCGCUAACUCCAGACCGAGAAGUGGAAAGACUGUGGCCCUCGCUCAGCACAGACACACUGCAUCCUAUACCACUACCCUGGACCGGACCUUUUAACUGAGAUGACCUGAACCCACCCUGCCUGUGGUCACCUCUCAACCUUAACCAAAUCCCUAUAAACCAGGGCCCAGUUAUCUGGAUUUUAAGUCAAUGAUUUGUCUGUUCUAUGAAUAUGCCUUUAAUACUAUCUGAUAGUUUUUGAAAAACUGAGCCCAAGAGCUAGACAAUGUUCACAAAGAGACAUAGACAAGCAACACUUCUUUCUAAAGGUCUGUUGUCACUGCGAGCUUGGCUGUAUCGCCGUCGAUUCAGCAGUAGCUGACAUGAACUAGUGUGUAGCAGCACCUAUUGGAACCGAAUGAAAGUUUAUGAAAGUUUAUGAAGAUUAAGUAGUGGAGUAGAAUAAGCAACCAACCAAGCCAUCCAGUCCCUCUGAGCACAUAACACUUUUUAUUUAGAUUGUUUUUAUAUACUUCUAGAGCAUAUUGGGCCCACUUCAGCCUUAUGUAACCAAAGAUUGUGGGGAAAUGCACAGUAAUUUAUAUUGAGAAAAAAAAACAUUCUGGUGGUCUAUGUAUUUUCUCUGUUUAGGAAGUAUAUGAAGGUACUGAUAUUUUGUGUUCCUAUAUGAUCAGCAAAUGAUGGUACAGUUUUAUGUUUUGGGACUUGAAUGCUAUGAAUGUAACAUUUUGUGUUUGAGUAUGGAAUUCUGCAUAUCAACUCCCGAGGAGGAUCAACCAUUUCUCAAAUCAGUUAUUUAUGCAGUGCAAUGUUAAACUGUGAUAUUUUUACUAUGUGUAGAAAACACCAAAUGCCAUCAUCCCAAACCUUAAAAUGCUCACAUUCAUUCUGCCUUUGUGAACAUUUUAAAGACGUUCCUGUGACUAAUGCUUCCUACCUCUGGGUUUAAUGUGCCAAAUGAGUGAAGAAAGGUAGCCUAUGUACCUUCAUGAAAAAGUAAUCUAUAUUCUUAUGAACUUUCAUUCUGGCAGAUGCCUGGGGCUGUGGUUAAUUCCAAUUCACUGCCCGUAUUUAACUGAAUUGAAAUGGAAGGGACCCCAUCCAGUAACGUGUCAUUGUUCUUUGUGGCGAUAGAGCAUUUCUUGGUGGAAGCUGAAUCAUUAUUGCAGUGCUUAAAUGGUAGUACUUGAAUUUUUUUUUUGGUGUUUGUUCAUUGGUCAGGCACUUGCUUUGUUCAGUUACUUGUCUGAUUCUUACCUGACUCAUAAGUACAGGGUCUUGGUGACAAUUGUCCAUUUCUGAAGAUAUCUUGGUAGAUAAAUAAAAAGCGAGUGGCUGUGUUGCUGAA